AUGUUCACGUAUCCAGUGCUAGUCUUUUCUGUUCCAGUAAGAGUAGUUGGAGGACUAGCUAGUGAAUUAGCUGUUAGGGGCAAGGCGCUUGACCAACGGGAGAAACUAGCUCAAGAGCUGGGAGUUCUCCUUCUAGGUUUCGGAAUAGAAGGAAGGAGGCUCCCAGGAGGUAAGUCCUGCUUGAUUGCUUUCACCAGUUUGAUCCCAAGAGACGGUAUGGAACGCUCGUAUAGAACCCCAUCCAAUAGAACUCAAACCGCUGGGAAUGCAACGGGAUGGAUGUCAACUGGUAAGAGUAGCCUUGGUCUGGAGAUCUUUACAACAGGAGAUCAGGAGUUAGCUCGCUUGGACGGAGAGCACGAGAAAGAAGGGGCAGUCUAA